AUGGAUAAGUGGUUAUUGGGAGAUAACAUCGGUGCUGUAUUGAAAAUGCUCGCGUCGGCGGCAUCGGCUAAUAUCACGAGGAACUCCUUGUCCACCAUGUUCCAAGCGCGACGUUCCGUUGACCGACCGCUAGUUAUGAACCGUACAGAGAAACAGUCCCUCGCAAAUCGCCCUCCGCCCCCGGCUACGAUAGUCCCUCGCGCCGCAGAUGGCCCCCGCCCCGUCGGAUGGAACGGGCAGCCCAAGAGGCACGGGUCCAGCAGGUUCAACGUUCAGAAUCACAAUCAGGAGCUGGUCAAAUUGCCCUCGAUCAAAGAGGAUAGAGCGUAUAGAUUGCGUGGAGGCAGUGCGAGGGUUGUGCGCCGGGGGAGGUGCGCGCGCAUCGGAGCGGCGGCGGGCGCGGUCGCGUGCCGGUCCGGCAGUCCGGCCGCCCCCGCAGCUAGCACCGCCCGGCGCCGUGCCGGCUCCCGCUCGGAUGCCGCCGCCGGCCGCCGCUUGCGAUGGUCCACGCCGGGCCGACUGUCCGCGCGCCCUCCCGCGCUAUGUUCACCGCCGCUGAUGCGAAACCGCGCCGCGCCGUCUCGCCACUCGGUAUACCCAAGUCCCCCUCUUUCCACUCCGGCCUGGACCUGGUCGCGAGCCAGACCAAGCGCUCCGAGAGCGUGUCCGACGUAG